UCUUUAAUACCUGUAGUUGGGUGUGUUUAGAUGUUAAAAGCUAGAACAAUUUAUAUAACAACGUGAAAUAAAGCAACUAUCAUGUGAACACGGGAUACUUAAAUAAUAAACACUAUUGUUCGUUUAAUCGAGAGGAUUUUAAAGACUGACGGAAAAAAACAACUGGUCGAAAAUGGGCUCUGGACCGUCUUUUCCCAUGGUUCCUAUGACUCGGGACAAACUAUUCAUAGUCACCGGCGCAAACUCGGGCCUGGGAUACGAAAUCGCCAAGUGGACGUCUAUGAUGGGGGCGACUGUCAUUCUGGCCUGUCGAUCGGAGGGCAGGACUCAAGAAGCGAUCGAGAAAAUGAACAAGGAAUUUCAGGCAGAAAAAGCCAAAGGAACAGCGGGUCUUACGGAUAGUGACUCUCUUGCUCUUGAAUAUAUGCAGCUAGAUUUAGCGUCAUUUGCAUCGGUGAUGGAAUUUUGCGAAAACUUUCAGAAGAGUGGCCGGAAACUCCAUGUUCUUUUCUGUAACGCGGGUCUAGGACUCGGUCCGUUUCAAAAAUCAUCGGACGGAAAUGAGAUGCUAUUGCAGGUGAAUUACCUAAGUCAUUUUAUCAUAAUUGGCAAACUUUUCGGGAUAAUGAAACAAAGCGGCCCCGAUUGUCGCAUUCUGCUCAUGUCAAGCGCCGCUCACAAAUCCGGGACAUUUGACCUAAAAACCAUCAACUACGACGGAAACCCUGACAGUUACCCGAGGCUGAACUAUUACGGGCGCUCCAAGUUGUACCAGAUCAUGCAAGCGGCUGAAAUGGGUAGACGCUUGGCGGGCUCUGAUGUUACUAUAAAUAGCAUACAUCCCGGUUUGAUCGAUUCUAAUUUUUGGCGUGACUGGAACACGGGGCUGAAAAAAGUUGCACACGGUGCUAUGCAAGCUACAGGAGUUGCGAAAUCUCCAUUUCGAGGCGCCAAAUGUAGCAUUGACCUCGCAGUAAAUCCAAAGUACGUGGGGUUGACGGGACUUUAUUGGUGUGACAGUAAGGUUGUGACCCCAAACAGUGACGCGCGCAACAAGGGGAAGCAAGAGGCAUUGUGGCAGUGGACCAUGGAAAAGGUGAAGGGAUAUUUGACGGAAGAGGAGAUAAGGGGACUUCAAGGAACCGGAAGUGAACAGGCGGGAUGAUCGAUAUGGUGAAUAAGAAAAGGUUCACACUGACUGACUUGUAGCGCAUGUGAAACAAUUGUGAAGACAUUUACUUUUGUUAUCGUUAUUGUGGUCUAAUGCAAUGGGGGAAACCAGAGUACCCGUAGAAAACCAAACUUCUCCGGCUUGGUGACCAUAAACUAAAUUAAUUUGCAUCCAGGCCGGGAAUCUAACCCAGCCUUGUCGUCAUGAUGCGAGUUUGGUUAAGGGGGUCGCAAAGGUUGAUAUUUAACGCCUGUGAACGUCUGUGUAAGCGGUUGCUUAUUAAUGACUCGAUUGUGGUUAUUGUGGAACUUACAUCAAUUUAAUGUGCUCCGUUUAUCACCAAUAUAAUACUCUAUUUUUCGCAUAUAUCUAUUUCGUGUUUCUGUGAAACACAGUUAUGCCUUUAUAUAGUAAGGCUUUUACGUUGUUUGCAUGUUUUGCGGAAUAGAAUAUCUCCAGGAUGUUGAACAAUCAGUCACAGGAGUUUGAUGAGAAUGAAAUCCUGCUUUAGUGUCAUAUGACCUGUAAAAAUAAGUGACAUUUAACCUAAAAUGUUCAUUUUUCUUCAGAAUUAUCAAAGAGGUCAUUCCUAACAACGAUCUUGCAUAACAUAAAUAUGAAUUGGUAGGAGUUACCAUAUUAAACAAUCUGAUUUUUAAAGAUAUUUUAGCUAAACUACACUAAUUGUUUAACAGGUCAAUUGGCACCAAAGCAUGAGUUCAUUCCCAUCAUACUGUGCGAUCAGUAUAUUUCCAUAUUGCUUACUUUACAAUGGCAUUAUCCACUGCGAUUAUUUCAAUAUUAUUUACAUGUAUCAGUUAUUUUUGUGUUUUGCUUACCUUUAAUGACUUAUGUAGUAAUGCGUAUGUUUUAUAUUAUCGCAUUAAAUGUACUUCACAU